GUUGUUCCGAAAGAUUCAAAGCCUUCUGCGAUGAAAUUCCUUCCGGUGGUAGCUCUGGUCUGUCUAAUGGGCGUUGAAAUUGCCACGGGUUGCCUUUUCGGUUUAGGACUCUCGAGUGCUGGUGGCACUCAGAUGCACGUUCUCAGGGCUCGAAGCGGGCCGGCUGCUCAACCGGCCUUCUUGUCACUGAUUUUCGAUUAUGCUGUCGAUCCCACCACCUACGAGGAGAUUACCUACGUUCGGUUUGAGAUGUCGGAAACGGAUUGUUCCCAUAACGUUCCAACUGGAGACUUUAGUAGAGGAUUUCGGAUCAACGUGACUUCGUUAAUACCUGUUCUAGAGUAUAAUGGGACGGCAACUAUCUUUGGUCGAUACCGAGCUAGAGAGGUGUAAAUUCAUGAAAUCACGCUUGUUAUAUCCAGUUUUUUCACAAUGACUAUAUUUUUUAUCACGUUUCUUUGUAUUUAUCAAUGUAUAUCACCUUUGUAGAAAAAACAAAUACCUUAAAAUAUUUUUUUUUAAUAAACCUUAUCUAAUGCUUU